GGUGGGUAUAGUGGUGGCUGCUGGCGCUCUCUGCAGUACAGAUCUGCUGAGAGCACCAGAGCAGAGCUCCUCCACAGAUCACAGCCGCAGGGUUCCCACUGCAGUUUAGAGGGAAACCUUACACCGAAAUAUUAUACGAGAGGACAACAGUCAGAACAACUAAGAGGACAGAAGGUAAAGGAAAGUGGAGGACAAGAAAAGAAGUGAUGAAACAAACUGACAGAGGAGGAGCCGCUUGAAGGACCUCAUGAUGUCACAUGAAGCAGAUUCGUUUUUGUGAUAAGGAUCACGGGCAACAUUAAAGAAGUUCAAACAUUCCUUGAGAUAUAUUGAAGAAAGUCUACCCAUCUGCCACUGCAUCUACCUCAGGAUGGCUGGCUGUACCAGCCGCUGCAGACAGGGGGUGCUCAAAUUAAUCCAGUCCCUGCAGAGAUUGGUCUCAGGAACCCUCACAAAAGAUAAAACAGAUGAUGAGCUUGAGAUGACGAUGGUGUGCCACAGACCAGAAGGACUUGAGCAACUUGAAGCCCAAACAAACUUCACCAAACAGGAACUGCAGAUCCUCUAUCGUGGUUUUAAAAAUGAAUGUCCAAGUGGAGUUGUGAAUGAGGAGACAUUUAAACACAUUUAUGCACAGUUCUUUCCUCAUGGAGAUGCAAGCAUGUAUGCACAUUAUCUGUUCAACGCCUUUGACACUGCAAACAAUGGUUCCAUAAAGUUUAAGGAUUUUGUAAUGGGACUAUCUAUUCUGCUGAGGGGAACGCUAAGGGAAAAGCUGGAGUGGACGUUUCACCUGUAUGACAUCAACAGAGAUGGAUACAUAAACAGAGAGGAAAUGACUGAGAUUGUGAGGGCCAUAUAUGACAUGAUGGGCAAGUACACCUACCCUGCACUGAAGGGAGACGUUCCACAGCAGCAUGUGGAUGCCUUUUUUCAGAAAAUGGAUAAGAACAAAGAUGGCGUGGUGACUUUGGAGGAGUUCAUUGUAGCCUGCCAAGAGGAUGAAACUAUGAUGAGAUCCAUGCAGCUGUUUGAAAACGUCAUGUAGAACAAGCGGAGAGGGUGGAGACAACCACAUGGAAAAAUGAGAGGGCUGAAUGUGAGUGUGUGUGGAUGCAUAUGUGCAGUACAUCCAGUCUCUCCUCCUCCUCCUCCUGUUUUAUCCAGCUGUGGUCAGGAUAUAGGCUGAAUCCCCCACAAUGACUUGUAUGAAGGGACUGGACUGGGAUGCUCUUUAGUGCUCCUGACGAGUUUCGUCACACAACACAAAGUGACUGAUGUGACAGACAUGGAUUUUAACACAUUCGUCUCUGUUCUGUCAUGAAGACGAAGAUUGGCCUGUUAAAGAUGAAGCUGCUCAUCCAUUAUGAGGCUGCUCCUGACCAGUGAAGGGCGAUGUGCUCAAGAAGCUGAACAUUUUAUUUUAUUUUUUGCCAAGAAGCAGUUGGGGUUUGUUUGUUUAUUUGCUUUUUUUUUUUGGUUGUUUUUUUGCCAAAGUAUGAUUGCAUGCUUGUUUUAUUUCCAAACUUUUUGACAGAUUUGACCAUAAGUAAAUCUAUACUUGUGUCUCAUGCAUCUUGUGGUUGACAGAUAUGAGAUAUUGCAAAUGUUGUACGUUGGUUUCACUGAUGCGGUGACCCUUGUAAAUUUGUGAUGACCUGGAUGUCGCUUGUGUGCUGAGUCUGUGUUAUGCUCGUCUGUCCAAAACUUACAGUACAAGUCAAAUAAUUUUAAAGCAGCACAUUUCCUGGGUCUUACAUGGUGUGUGUGUGUUUAUCUUUUCUUUUCUUUUUUAGUGAAAAAGAAACCGAUUCAUUCUUUUUUCAUAUUUUCAUCUGCUGCUUUCCUGCUUGUGGUCAAAUUGGUGUAUUGUCAAAAAUGUUUUUUAAAAAAAAAGAUUGAAAAAAAAACAUGAAUACGUUUUAGACAUAAUUAUGAAAUACCCGCAAAUCAAAGAUGUUGAAGAAGAGGCUUAUUAGAUGUUUAUUUGCACAGAUGACAGGUAAUCGAGGCGUGAGUCUCAGAUGGAAACAGCGAUGUUACAGAAGAAGUUUUGUCCAAAAGACAUCACUGUGUCAGAAAAAGCGAGACGUUUGCUGCUGGUCCAUUCCAGCAAAGAACUGAGAAAGCUUCUGAUAAUCUUGCAGGGAAAACCCGCUGAAUGUCAGCUUUGGAAUGUGAUAUGACACUGAGGACAGCUCCACUUGUAAUAAUGAACAUUUGGCACUGUGUCCUCCAUCCAAACAAGGACAGUGAUGUCACACUGACGUAAACGGUACACAGAAAAUAGGUUUUUUCUGCAGCAGUAGCCCGCUGAAGGUUUCCUGUGAGUCGUGGUGUGUUUAAAUGCGCCACCAUAAUAGAAAACUCGCAAGACUAUCGUAGUUUAGGCACUAAAAUAUUCAUUGCUGUUCUUUUUCGCAGUCAUUAGAGAGGCUCUUUUGCUGCACCGUGCGACCGUGUGACAUCGCAGCCUCAGGUCUCGGAGAUCUUAUUUUGGAAUCAGAUUAUUAAAUCUCACCAACAGGUUCAUUCUAAGCCAUAUGAAUAAAUGUGUCAAUUCUUAAAUUUGA